AUGUGGAAGGCAUCAGAUAAUGAUUACUCCGGAUAUUUUCCAUCGAUGCCCAAUAACACGGGAUUUGACUUUGGACAGGCACCAGGACUUCCAUAUGGGGCUGAAUGGAAUUUUUGCCUUCCAACUCUUCAAGACCCCCGCCAGCUGCCUCCCGAGAUGACGACUAGCCCCGAACACUUUACUGAAAUAGUUGCUGCAGCUAUUCAGAAUGGCUACCCGGAGCAUGAAAUUGAAAGUGGUAUUGCAUCGAGUGGCUGGUCAAAUCAACACUUGUUGGACAAGAUCAACGGCACUGUCAUGGGCUUUCCCGUCAUAUUCUAUGCCGUCGCAAGGAACGAUCUGUCGAUCAUCAGGUUGAUAGUUAGAUACGGCGGCAAUGUGAAUUCUUCAUGUGGAAAUCCGCCAGUCCCCCUUUUAGCCUUCGCCAUCAUCCACAGCAAAACAAUCGAAUGGGAUACGACUGAGAUGUUGGCCGCUCUUUUGAGCCUGGGUGCCGAUGCCUCGGUCCUACCAAAUGCUUUUUAUACCCCUUUCUACGAGGCACUCCCCGGUGCUGGUCCAGACGAAACUGAUCUAGGGGACAUGAGCGAUUUGAAAUUGCAAUGGUGCAAACCCCCCGAUGUGCGCUCAAAACUGGCAGAGGUAUUGAAUAUCACGCAACGAUAUCACUUACACCAGGCCUCCAGGUUACCAAAACCUACAGAGCGACAAAAGCAAGUGGCUCGCCGUAACGGAUCCGAGAAUCUCUUUGGAGUUCCUUAUUUCAUGAUCGGCCAGCGUGCAGCAGUGCAGAUGCUCCAGAAACACUUGCUACAUUACAUGCUCAUGCCACGUAAGGAUCCACUCGUGUUGGUAUUUGCAGGUCCCAGCGGCCAUGGAAAGACAGAGUUGGCCAGACGACUUGGGGCUAUUCUCUCCCUAGAUCUCCAUGUGAGUGAUUGCUCGAUCGUAAGUAGAGAGAACGAACUAUUUGGGGCAAGAGCUGAGUAUUGCGGUGGAUUGAGUGGCGCACCGCUCAACAACAUUUUGGCGAGGAACAGCGGAAAGAGAUGCAUCGUCUUCUUGGAUGAGUUCGAGAAGACUAAUCAAGGUGUCUGGAAUUCUCUUUUGCUCCCGUUUGGUAAUGGCCAGUACGAAGAUCGGAGGAGUAAGAAACUAAUAGAUUGCACAAAUACGAUAUGGAUCUUAGCAACCAACGCCCUAGACUGGUUUAUCGUGAACCAUUGCGAUGACAACCCUGAGAUAUUCGAUGACGAGGACAAUCCUAAGAAAGAAGAGAUUCUGAAAGAACUCGUUGAAGAAAUGGAAGGUCACUUCAUCAACAACUUCUCGGCCCCAGUCGCAGGUCGAGUAUCGGCAUUUAUCCCCUUCGUCCCCUUCAGCCCAGCGGAAACCUACGUCGGCAUCCACAAAUAUCUCCUACAGCUAGCAGCCGACGUUCGCCAACCAGUGAACGAGUCUUUGACUGCAGGAAACAUCAAAUUGAUAUUUAAAUUCGAUAUAGCUCUCUGCAAGACCCUGGCUAAGAACUAUACCUCCGAUCUGGGUGUCCGGUGCCUGAAAAAGGCUGUCAAGGAUCGUGUUGGGGUGCCGUUGAGUCAGGUAUAUUUGGACACUGAGGAGCCUAUGCGCGACGGGGGCCCGAUGGAGGAAUUUGAGGUUAUUGCUGUGAAGGACAAGAUUUCCGUCAAGAGGGUAUUAUCAAUACUUUGA